AUGUUCUCACAUCGGGCGACUCGCAUCUUGCCGGCUUUGGAUCCAUCAGCUCCACACACUUUCAUCGCCCCCAAGAAGAGGAUCCAUGAAUCGCAAGAUGUGUCGGUCUUCUUGAUCUCGAAAGCCUACGCGGACAUCAUGACCUUCAUAUUACAGCUGAAUCGCUCCAUGUUCCCCGAAAGUCUCGCCGACGGAUCUGCACAAACUUGGCCAUUGAAUUCAGAUGCAGUGCAAUUCUCUGCGCCUGUCCGACAGCUGCAACGACUACUUUCCAAGGUGGAAGACAUCAUAAACGAGGUUCCACCGGAUACCGGACCGCGCAGAUUUGGAAAUAUCAGUUUUAGAAAGUGGCAUGAGGUUUUGGAAGACCGGGCAUCCGAUUUGCUUAGGGAAUGCUUAAGUAUUGAGCUUUUGACCACACCUUCAGCUACCGAGGACGAUGUCACAGCGGAGUCGGAGCUCAAGGCGUACUUUCUGGGCAGCUGGGGGAGCGGGCAAAGGCUGGACUAUGGGACUGGGCAUGAAUUGAGCUUUUUAGCCUUUCUGGGUGCGAUUUGGAAGCUGAAUGGGUUCCCUAAAUCCGAAUUUGGGGUUGAGGAGAGGGCAAUCGUACUCGGUGUCAUUGAACCAUAUUUGGAGCUUGUGAGAACUCUCAUUAAGACAUAUACCCUUGAGCCGGCAGGCUCCCAUGGAGUAUGGGGACUUGACGAUCAUUCUUUCAUCCCUUACGUCCUGGGCUCUGCACAGCUUUCCCCAGCAAUCAGUGUCACUGAUCUUACCCCGGAAGAAGGGUCAUUGCCCAAUGCACCCGAUCCCGGCGGUGUUGCUAAGCACAACGUGGUGGAACGAGAAAGGGAAAUGAAUCUAUACUUCUCGGCUAUCGGGUUCAUCUAUGAUGUGAAGAAAGGCCCUUUCUGGGAACACAGCCCUAUGCUUUAUGAUAUUUCUGGCAUUCGAGCUGGUUGGGGUAAAAUAAAUAAGGGUAUGGUCAAAAUGUAUAACGCAGAAGUCUUAUCUAAGUUCCCUGUUGUUCAACAUUUUCCUUUCGGCUCUCUGUUUAGCUUUGACCGCGAUCCGAAUGCGAUUGCUCCACCGACAACCAUUCAUACAACUUCCGGUCCUCAAGGACGUCCUGUUGUGCCAGAUGCAGGCCCACCAUCAUCGGCUACAACGCGGCCAAACAUUGAUGCAGGUACCAGUGCCCCUUGGGUAACUACGGGAGCUAGUACUCGUGUACCUCCUUCCAUGGAUACAACUGCAGCGCCAUGGGCCACUGGAAGACCUGAUGCCCCUCUAGGAGCACGUCCAGUACUGCCCGAUACUUCUAGAUUGCCACCCGGGCCUAUGGCUCCUACUAGAGCACCCUGGGUUUGCGGGCAAGCCCCUCCACCGCCUGACAAUGGGCCUACUAAAGCGCCCUGGGCGAAACGAGAUUGA